AUGAGCGAGGAAGACGCGGAGACAAAGGGCGAUGCAGGUGAAGAAACGGCCCCUUUGCACAUGGAAACCAAAGACAGCAAAGAGAGCCUUCGGUAUGGCUGGAGAAAUGUCAAGCCGCAGUGUUUGCAAGUCCUUAACAGUCCCAAAUUCUUCGUGUUUGCUUUGGCAACGUUUGGUUUUGUUCAAGGUAACUAACGGAACUGUAAAGUUUGUUGGCGAAAAUGAUUUUUAAAUCAUGUAUAUAAGGAUGACGUUAUUUCUUGACUGAUUUUUUGGCGCCGAGUGAAAAGUCAGUAAAAGCUGGCUUAUCAGUGAAGUGAAAUAUAAUCGCGAAAACCUGUAGGACGACAGGGGAGUUUUAAAAAUGUCGAAAUCAAAAUCACUACAUAUAGAUGGUUUUCACAGUGACGUCAUCAAAUUGUAAAGUCAAAAUAGCGAGGGUUUACGAAUUCUUAUUUACACUAGGUUGCAGAUAAACAAAAAAUAAAUCUUCGUACAAGUUUCCAUUCCCGUAAAAUGUUUCAUUUCGAAAAUACAGCAAUUUGAACUUCCGAGUUUUCACGGUGCGUGACACCAAAAUAGGAAUGCUGUCUCGUUGAAAAAAAGUCUCUCCUCUUAAUUUUCAGCAGUAUAAUCAUUUCAUUAUUAGAAGAUAUGUUUAUGCGCACGUAUUCUAGUUCUCGAGUGAAAACAAAAGCUUUCAUAGAAAAAGUCAACUCCAGAUGUUUUUGUUGAUUUCCGGCGGCCAUAUUGGUGCACCAAAACGGUGCACCAAUAUGGCGUCUCCAUACAAAGCUCUACAAAGGUGCGUGAAACGUUUCGGCAAAUAACUCAGAAACUGUGUGUCACAAAGACCUGAGACUUGGACAAAUUGUUUAUAAAUUAGUCUUUUAUAACAUUUCAUUUUCUUGGCUUCUUCCACAAGACGGUUUCCAAUUUAUUUUUUUGUUGCGUGACUGUGAAAACGAUCUAUAGGCCCCGCUUAUCUUUGAAAACGGAGAUUUCUUAUUUUUCUCCGUUGUAGCCUAAAUUCCUUCUUUGCGUAAACGGCGUUUUCGCGCACCAAAAACGCAGGUUUUCGAUAACGGCCCCCAGAGUGGUGGUUUGUUUUUUGCUUUUGGGUGUGGACAGACGAAAACGGAGGUUUUUGAAUAUGAUGAUGUCAUACAUCUUACCCAGCUAACAUUACACAUGCUCUGUGAGAGAUGCGAUCGUAUUUCGAUCGUUUUGAUAAUUAGUUUUUUCAUGUAGACGGGCGAAAACUAUUCAAAUUGUUUUUGGCGUUUGUAGGCAUGUGUGUCAGCGGUUUUACCAAUCUCUACCUGCUGACUUUGGAAAAAAGGUUUCAACUUACCAGCACUGAAGUUGGAUUUGUGGCGGCGUCCAAUGACAUCGCGGGAAUUGUGUUAACAGCUCUGGUCAGCUUUUAUGGCACAUAUGGAAACAAGCCCAGGUGGCUCGGGUACGGCUGCGCUAUAACAGGUAAACUAUUCAAACUCAAUUCACUAAACAGUAAUCAGCAUUUUGCGGAGAUAGUGCUUUAAAAGCUAUUUUUUUAAAACUAUAGUUAAGUACGUUUGUCCUUGUAUUUUCAAUUUUUAAAUCUUACUGGUGCUGGGAAAUAGCACCGUUUCAGGCUAUGGGUUUAGGUCAUUAAUAGUUUAUUCUCAAACUCAUUAAUUAUUCAUGCCGUCAAAAGCCAAUAAAUGACGACCAUUUGGGUCAGGUGGAUGAAGCUUGAUACCUACCAAAUAAAACACCACCAGGUUUUCAUCAGAGAUGAAACAUGUUUUUCAUCUGAGAUGUUUUCUUGAUAAAGAAAACUCAUUGAAACAAUGCAACAUGUAUUGCAAUACCAGAGAAAACAUGUCACACUGUGGUAAUUUCUGCUUCAUCACGGGUUCCAAACGCCUCGGCGAAGCAAUCGCCCUCGUUUUUGACAUAUUACGUCAAACCUAAGGUAGCUUUAAUUUGUUGUUUAGUGGAUUCCCAGGGAAAGCGGGAGACGAUGAGAGGUCCAUACUCUCUACCUGGGUGAAGCCGGCCCGGGGGGGACUCCCAUAUGAAAGGGGCGAGGAUGCUCAUCGUCUCGCUUAGGGGUGUAAAUGUCGGAUUUUGGUCUCACUUAGGGAGUUCUGGGUAAAACGCCAUUACAUUUAGCCGUAAAGGUCUCUUUUAGGGUUGCACUCGAAGAGAUAUUAAAAAAUCUUUCAUUUUCAAUUCCUUUUAUUUACCCAAUUAAUCUAAUUAAAGUUUAAAAUGGUCUCUUUUAGGGGUCUAAAAAGGUUGGGUCACGCCCACAUUGGUCUUCUUUAGGGGUUUAAUUCAAAAUUUCUGACGAGCAUCCCCGCCCCUUUUAUAUGGAAGUCCCCCCCCCCCUAGCAAAGCCGGUUAACUUGAAUUUGAUAAUUAUUCACCAUCCCUUUCAAAAACAAAAUGCUGAACCACCAAACACAAUUUAGUUUCUGUAGAUACUGAGACUAUCAGUACAAGUAGAGAGAAAAAUCUUAAAAUAUAAAUGCUGAGAUAGAUAUUGAAGAAUAAAAUUUAUAGAUAUUGAGACUAUCACUAUCUCAUAUACGCCUCAUUUUCUGUCGCAGGCCUCGGAUGUCUAAUAUUUGUUCUUCCACAAGCUCUAGUUGGUCGUUACGAGCCUCUUUUAAACUCAAACGGAUUCGGUAAUGGAGAGCUUUGUCAGCUGAGCGUUAAUGGUACCUCAGAAUUCUGCUUUUCUAAUUAUGGUGGUCGAUGGUAUUACAUAUUCAUCUUUUUCUUGGCACAGUUACUUAUGGGUGGUGGAACAACUCCGCUGUACACUCUUGGGCCAGCGUACAUCGAUGAAAAUGUCCAUCCAAAAUCGUCACCAAUCUACCUGGCGGUGUUUUUCGCCUCUAGCUUGUUGGGGCCUGGAUUGGGGUUCAUAUCUGGUGGUUCCCUGUUGAAGAUCUACGUGGAUGUGACUCAGGUAACUCGGUUUGUAGGUAUUUUCGAACAAAGAAUCAGUAGGGAAAGAAUCUAUAAUAUUAGAGUCUAGUAUUAAGCUAAAAAUAGAUGUUUUUGAGAGCCAGACACUUUUCUUCAAAAAACUUUUAUUUUAUAACAUCAUCUUUAUUGUCCGGCCUGCCUUACCCAGUCAAGUUGAAAAAAAAUAGUAUAGGAGAGAUGUACGAUAAUACCUACAACUUUUGACGUAACAGGCGAAAUCUUUUGAUGUGAACCUUGAAUUGCUUGAAAUCAACCUCGUAACCAAAAAUCCCCUUAUGCUAUGUUAUCCUUGUAAAUUCCCUUUCUCUCUGUACAUAAAAUGUUGCAUCCAGGGAAAAUUUACUUCCAACCGGGGACAAAGUCAUUUCUCUGUUGGAAUUACCUUGGAACCUCUAUUCAGGGGACACCCUUGGGACUAGGUCAAGUGUCCCCUGAAUAGAGGUGUCCCCUAUCCUGAAUUUCAGACGAUUAUUUCGAGUGGUUUUUCUCACUGAAGGAGUAAAAACGACUCGAAGUAAUCGUCUGAAAUUCACGCUAGGUGUCUGCUAAAUGGAAGUUAGGCUGGGCUUUGUUAAUAGUUAACCAACAAAUAAAAUCUUUUUCUUUUAUUCUGCCUCGGUAUUAGCCUGCAAAUAGCAGACGUUCGCAGGCUACCUCGGUAUCUGCUGCGGUCAUAAUUUGAAGCAGCAGAUAUUGCCGUGACUUAAUUAUCUCUGCGAUGUUGUGUGCUGAAUUCGAUUCCCACAAGUUUAACAAAUCGAUUUUAGUGGGAGUAGUUCGUAUUUUAAAAGCUAUAGCCAUUUUGACUAGUGAACAAUGAAACUUAUCAACCCUUUUUGUGGUAAGUCACUUUUCGAGUACUAAAGUGUCUCCUGGAAGGAGGUUAAAACCAGGUCCCAGAAAAAGUGUCUCUUUCCCCCUGAAUAGAGGUGUCUCUUCAACAGAGGUAACAAAUAUAAAGAUUAUGUGAACAUUUUUCAGGGACCAAAUUUUGUGUCCCCUGAAUGGAGGUGUCCCUUGAAUAGACGUAUCCCAAAGGAGAAGUUACACUGUACUUCUUUGCAGCUGGGAAAAAACGAAUUGCAUUGUCAUAGUCUUAAGACAAAAUCGAGAUAUUGUGGUAUAGUGAAUACCAGAGGUUUUUUUUUCUUGCAUGCGGCGGGAUGCUUUGGUGUCGAUCGCCUCCUUGAGGGCGUCAAUUAAGAUCCUUGAAAGAUCCUCACUAAAUCUUCAAGGAUCUUGAAGGAUCUUUAUAAAGAUCUGCUUAAGAUCCUGUGAAGGAUCCCAGCUAGGUUCUAAAAGAUCCGUGAAGAUAUGAUUUAAAGAUCCUUAAAGGAUCUUCGUCAAAUCUUUAAGGAUCUUAAAGGAUCUUUACAAAGAUCUUUGAAAGGGUUUUUGAAAAGAUCUUUGAAUUAAAGAUCCUCAUCAUUUUCUCGAGGAUCUUUAAGGGAUAGUUUAGAGAUCCUUAUCCUUCAAGAUCUUUGCAGAUCUUUGACGAUCCUCAAAGAUCCUGAAGGAUCCUGUGAAGAGUUUCACCAGGGAAAGCCACGAGGAGGGGGACAUUGGGGGGUACCCAAUACCGCAAUACCGUAAGAAAAAAUGGCAAAUACCGAAAUACCGCGUCGAAAAUCGUCUAAAUACCGAUACCGCAUAUUUUAAUCACAUUUAUAAUCGGUUCCCCAUACUUAUGGCUGCUGCCAUUAGCGCGUUUAAUUAUCCCAGGCAUUUAUGCACCAGAUUUCCAUGUUUUUGUAAUAUUUUGGUAGUUCGCAAAUUUUCACUGAAAAGUAAACUACGUUCGUUUAACUUUUGGUAGGUCGACCCAACAGCUAAUUAACUCCAAUGAAAAUAACUCUUGAAUUCGCGAUAAACAAACCAACCAAAACCCUUUCUACGCACGUCUAGUGCGAGUUUUGAUAAGUGGGUCUAGUCUCGCACGUCUCGCACGUCUCUCACGGGGUUAACUAUCUCGACUGUCUCACAUGCCGCGCCGGUAAGAGGCAAACUUACCAAAUUUUCUCGUUUAACUUUACAAGGUAUUUUUCAAUUCUCGAAACCCGACAUCUAAACUUAUUCUUGUUGCGAUAAUGUUCGCCUCCUUCGCCCUUUUCAUAAACGAUUGCCACACAGUCAAUGAUGAUCACGCCGUCUUCAACCAACGUGUAGGUCCUCGCAUUACCGGCACAGGUUCACAGAUCGAAAAGCCUGGUAAGGUAACUCGAGACGACUCAUUGUCAUUGGAUACAACAACAAUCACAUUGUAUAUUAUCGACCAUUAAAACUGUCACAAAAUGACCCACAAAUGGUGUAAUCAUUUACCGUUAUGUCUCAAGACUUCUAAAUAUUAACUUUUAUUGACCUUUAUGGCCUACUGUGUUUUGUUUUGCGCGUUGUAUCGAAAGGAAAGCGCAAAUAAACGGUACCGUAAUACCGUGAACGAUCUUAUUUCACCGAAUACCGUCAGCCAAAAUGAUGAAAAACCGCAUACCGCAGAGCUAGAUGAUACCGCAAUACCGCACGUGAAAAUUAAAAUUACCGAAAUACCGCAUGAAAAAAAGCCCGAUACCGCAAUACCGUAAACCCCCAUGUCCCCCUCCACGAGUGGUCACAACUUUUACCGAAACCCGAAUAACCGCGUAUGAAAAGUGGCUGUGGCACUCAGGGUAGAGAACACCCGGGAUAAAACUAAGCCCAGGAAGAAUGGCUUAGAUAAAAUUUUUUUGCCUGAUUAUUUUCCUUUAGCCUGAAGGAUCAAACCUUACACCUGAUGAUCCCCAGUGGAUAGGAGCUUGGUGGAUCGGCUUUCUGUUCGGGGGCUUUAUACUUCUUCUCAUGACCGGACUUCUGCUAGGAUUUCCCCGAGAGCUACCCGGUGCAAAACGCAUCCGCGAAGAAGCAGCCAAGGAGGGACAAAUUCCAAAAAAAGACGAAAGACUUCAAGGGAACAUUAAGGACAUUUUGCCAGCUACGCUUCAACUACUGAAGGCGCCUGUUUUUAUUUUUAAUUCGUUGGGAAUAACUUCCAGCUCGCUGUUUGGUGCUGGGAUAGCUUCGUUCUUGCCCAAGAUUCUCCAGCUUAAAUAUGGACUCAGUCCAUUCAUAACAGGAGUUAUCAUUGGGACGAUCUUAGUACCAGGAACAGUAGGUAGGUAUCUCGGAUUAAUUUAGGUUUCUGGGAAACUGCCCACCUACCCCUCCCCGGAGCCAACAUUUUGCCCUAGGUGAGAAGUAAGUGAUGAGAAGUAAGUGAUAAUGUUGGCUUAGGGGAGGGGUAGGUGGGCAGUUUCCGAAAAAGCUUAAAUUGAUCCGUUAUCUCAAGUUGUUUGCUUUCAAAUUUGACGACUUGUCUUCCUUUGCAGUGUCUUUAAAGUAGAAAAUAAAACUUAAUUUGUCCACCCCCACUGAAAGUUCGUUACCGCAUGCAUAUGGAAUCUGGAUAUUCAGAUUCCUAUGAUCUUUGUACUGCCAAAGUUAUGAUUUUAUUGCUAAGACCCUCUGAUAUGAACAAAUAUAAUAAUUGUCCAGUUUAACUUGGAAUUAGUCUAUUAAUCUGCCUAAUCAGUAAGUAUGUCUUUGGCUUUUCAUUAUAACUGGCAAAAAUUGGGCCAGCAAAAGUUUUUCGAGAAGGGAUCAUACCUUGUCAUCUCCUUGAGAUAGUAGCUCAGGGUUCCUGGUCAGAUGAGAAAAGAUCAGCUGAGCAUACUCAGUUUUUAUAUCAGCCCAGCUUCGACCCAAAAUUGUGAAAUUCUCCAGAACAUAGCGCCAUUAAUUAUUUGUAUGCUGCUUUGCCAAGAAUGAUUCUAUUCUCGUGGCGCUGAGACACACAGUUCCACCAAGUGAUCUCUUGGCGCCCACGCAGACGUUCUUAGGGCUUCGUCAUGCGUUCCUUCCCUGAUUGCGUGACGCGUGACGAGCGAAAAGAACGUCUGCGUGGGAGGCUAAACAAAAAUAAUUUUUCCGUCCUUAUCUCAUCUGUAGGUGGUAUCUUUUUGGGUGGAUUUAUCGUCCGUAAAUUUGACCUGAAGAAGUCGUUAAAGAUGGCUGCCAGGUUUUGCGUCAUCUGUCAAGUCUUCACCAUCAUAGGAUCUGGAUCAUGGUUUAUUCCCGGAUGUGGUACCUCGGAUUUAGCUGGACUAUUAGUUCCGUAUCAUGGUAGCAGGUGAGAGGCCAUAAUAAUCUUCUACUACUCUUUAUCAUCUGCCUUAUUAGUACUUAAUUUCGCUUUUCUUUAAUUUUGCGUUUUUCGCGAUUGUAAAAAUAGAGAAUUUUUUUUACGUAAAGACCUGCGAAUAAAAUCCUUGCGAAACAUAAUACCCAUAUAGAAAAUUCAAAUAACAGAAAAUCAAUUGCCAAGGGAUGGAAGAAGGCGGGCAUUAGUGAAGUAAUUAAUGGUUCAAAGGAACUGUCACCUGAAGAUCCAUUCGUAAAUUUGCAAUGACAAGAUAAUGUGUAGAAAUUGCCGCCAACUACGUACUGAGACAAUGCGUAUCCACAUUGUAAUACAAUUAAAAGAUU